AUGGUGCUCCUCGAAGGGGAGGAAAUGCUCCUGCGAGUGUCAAGCCAUCUGGCUCCACGGGAUGGUGCUGUUGCAUCGGCUGUGUCAGUGGCCUUCCGAGGAUCUCUGCGCCGCCUUGAUCAGUCUGUGACGGUGAGAUUGCAGACGCCCGAAGAGAUGAUGGAUGAGGAUCCGCCCGAGUCUGAUGAAGACAUCGCAAUAGACAGAGGCUAUUACACCGAGCUGGGGCACAUAGGGGCAGCAGAGGUCAAAGGAGUGCACGUGCUGAAGGCCCGCAUUUCCCUGGCAGAGUACCAGACCCAUGCAGAGAUGGUCCUCCUGGAGAGGCAGAAGAAUUUGCGCUACAACUUCCACGAGGCCUGCGACGCCGAAUCUGCUGGGCUGGCACUCGUCGGCACCAGCUUCUGCGAUGCCCGGGGCCGGAUCCGUUUGGCUUCCGUCAAAGCCUGUGGCCCGGAAGUGAUGUCUGGUGGAUUUCUCUACAUUGAGACGCUGGGUGACGACGAGUUCCAGCGUCCAAACUUGGGGGCAGUGGUGAUCCGCAAGCUGCUGCUGGACACCGUUUUGAAGGGAAGAUGGACGGUUGCGGUGGUGAUCCCUAGUGAUGCAGAGCUCCGGUGCUUUCUCCAGGCCGGGUUUGUGCAGGCCAAGGAAUUGGCUCUGCAAGGAGAAGGCGUUGUGUUGUUCGCAGUUCCCAGCUUCUUGGAUCAUGAGAUGAAGUCGCCCAGAGAGGCUAGGUCGGUGCCCAUACUAGAACCGAUGGAUGGAGAGCUACCUUCAGGAAUCAACAAGGAUUUGUUGGAGCUCGUGAAAAACGAAGGUACCGAGGCUCAAAUUCGCGAUUUGUUGGCAAAAGGUGCUUCCAUCGAAGCUUCCCGUGCAAUCCAUUGCUCUGUCUACAACAGGGAUCUCGAGCGGCUAGAGAUACUCCUGCGUUUGACCCCUUCUCCCGAAGAAGCCGUAAAUCAACAAGAUGACUCAGGGCUAGUGCCGCUGAUGCUGGCUGCCCAGGGGGCCUGUGGUGUUCUCUCGAGAUUCAACCGGUCCGUGCCCACGGCUUGCUGUGCCAGGCUUAUCGCUGCAGGAGCUAAGGUCUGUGCGGUGGAUGCCGAGGGGUGUACAUCGCUGGGGCAUCUUUGGCGGAAGCUCCGAGAGAUUGAAGAUUUCGAAGGGUGCUUCGGGUUGGAGAUGGGCGAAUACGACAGUUCUGAUUUGGAAAAGUUGUUGAUGCCCCCAUCUGGGCCCACGACUGCGGAUGAACAACUGAUCAAUGCGCCAUCAGAUGAGGAGAACGUUUUGGAUUGGGAAGGAGGCGAGGAGGAAGACCUUGAAGAUGAUGAUGAGGAUUCUGAUUGA